AUGGAUAUGUCUGGAAUGACCACCACCACCAUGUCAAUGGGGACAGCCACAACAACAGCAAUGUCCAUGGCUACAUCCACAUCUUCUUCGAUGGACAUGGAUUCAAGCAUGUCCAUGUCCAUGUCCGACAUGUCAAUGACAUUCUUCACCUCCUUUAAAACCCCGCUAUACGCCGACGACUGGACUCCCACGUCAAAGGGAACUUACGCCGGGACUUGUAUCUUUUUGAUUGUCCUUGCCAUCAUCUUACGCGUGCUCAUUGCCGUGCGUCCAGUCCUGGAGGGUCGUCUUUGGACAGACGGCAUCAGCCAUGGGAGUGAGCCUCUCAUCGGGGAGCACGACGGUGGAAAACAAAUCUCUGGUGCGCAGCAGAGCAUGCAAGAAAUCGGACGCAGGUGGUCCAGAUGGCGCGUGAAUCCUGCCGCAGGCCGUGCGACCUUUGAAUUAAUACUUGCUGGAGUUGCCUACCUCUUGAUGCUGGCGAUUAUGACUAUGAAUGUUGGAUAUUUUCUUUCUGUCCUUGGGGGCAUUUGGUUGGGCACGUUUAUUAUGGGCAGUGUCGCUGCUGAUAGUACUUGGAUGCAUUGCUGA